UAAACGUAACGUUAUCUCAACUCACGCUGUCGUUGUGUUGAAAUCAACAAUCUGUUAUGUAUCCAUAGUAUCAGUCGUGUAUGAUGACAUUGAUGAUGACCAUUCCCAUUCAACAUAUUUGAAACCAAUAACGGCGCAUUCCCAAAAGUUGGCCUAACCAGGAAGAACUGAAGUGUCACGUGAUUGUGAAAAAAGAUGGCUGCGGUGCAGUGGCGAUCCAGGGUACGCAGCUAUCACACCGAGCUGCAGAGAUGUCGUCCCGAGGCUGCUCUGGUGGAGUUUGGAGACUAUCAUCCCCUCAAACCCAUCAUGGUGACUGAUACGAAGACCCGGCGCGGGGCUCGUAAAGGCAGCACUUCCUCCUCGUCCUCCUCUUCCUCCUCGGUGCCUCCGGACCCCCUCAGCUCCAUGCUGGAUGGGACCGACCCCCUCUCCAUGUUUGCAGCAGCCUCGGCCACUGAGGCUCCCGCCAUGUCACACAGCGGCUCUGCUGCGGAUCUGGGGAAGAAGAGGAGGGAGAAGGAGGAAGAGGCGGUUGGACAAGACUUUGAGCUCUGGUCGUCAAAACGUGGGGAGAUCCUGGCCAGAUUCACCACCACUGAGAGGCUCUCCAUCAACCUUUUCAUGGGUUCGGACCAAGGAAAAGCGCCAAGUCCAGGAUCCUCCGCUGUUUCAGAGAAAGUUCGAACUCGCCUGGAGGAGCUGGAUGAUCUGGAGGAGGGUUCUCAGAAAGAGCUGCUGAACCUCUCCCAGCAGGAUUACGCCAACCGCAUCGAGGAGCUAAACCAGUCCCUGAAGGAGGCCUGGGCCUCGGACCAGAAGGUCAAAGCCCUCAAGAUCGUCAUCCAGUGCUCGAAGCUUCUGUCCGACACCUCAGUGAUCCAGUUCUACCCGAGCAAGUUUGUCCUCAUCACGGAUAUCCUCGACACUUUCGGCCGGCUGGUGUACGACAGAAUCUGGACCAUGUGCUCAGACCCGCGACCCCUACCAGACUCGUUCACAGUCGACGACGUGAACGACACGGCCAAGGAGACGUGCCUCAACUGGUUCUUCAAGAUCGCGUCCAUCAGGGAGCUCCUACCCAGACUAUACGUGGAAAUUGCCAUUCUCAAGUGCAACCGCUUCCUGAACAAAGGCGGUAUUCAGGAGACGCUCCCUCUGACAGCCAUGAUCAGAGGGAUCGGAGACCCCCUGGUGGCGGCGUACGCCAGAGCUUACCUCUGCAGGGUGGGCAUGGAAGUCGCCCCCCACCUGAAGGACAGCCUGAACCGCAACUUCUUCGACCUGCUUGCCGCCUUCCGGCAGAUCGGCAGCGAGAGCGUCCAGAACCAGCUGGUCCUGCAGCGGGUGGAAGUGCCCGAGUACCUGACGCUUUACUCGCCCGCCAUCAACUGGAUCCUGCAGUGCAUCGCCUACAGAGCGCCAGAGCCUCUGCUGACGGAGAUGAUGGAGAGAUGCAAGAAGCUGGGGAACAAUGCUUUGCUGCUGAAUUCAGUCAUGAGGGCCUUCAGGCCCGAGUUUGUCGCAGCCAGAGCCACCGACUUCAUCGGUAUGAUCAAAGAGAGCGACGAAGCCGGCUUCCCAAAGCAUCUGUUGUUCGGAUCUCUGGGUCGCAGUCUGACGUGUGCCGACCCUCCAGAAUCCGAGCGACUGACGAUCCUCAACGAGGCCUGGAAGGUCGUCACGAAAGUCCGCAGCCCUCAGGAUUACAUCAACUGUGCCGAGAUCUGGGUGGAGUUCACUUGCCGGCACUUCUCCAAGCGUGAGAUCAACACCGUUCUGGCUGACAUCAUCAAACACAUGACCCCCGACCGGGCGUUUGAGGACGCUUAUCCUCAGCUGCAGUCAGUCAUCGGGAAGGUCCUCGCCUACUUCCAUGACUUCUCCGUCCUCUUCUCCAUGGAGCGUUUCCUGCCGUUUCUCGACAUGUUCCAGAAGGACAGUGUGAGGGUGGAGGUGUGCCGAUCUAUCAUGGAGAUCUUCAUCAGACACCAGAAAGAGCCCACGAGAGACCCGGUCAUCCUUAACGCCAUGUUGCACAUCUGCAAGACCAUGCACGACUCUGUCAACGCUCUCACUCUUGAGGAUGAGAAAAGAUCUUUGGCCCUGCUGAUCAUCGGCUUCAUCCGCAUGGUUUCUUUUGGUCGAGACUUUGAGCAGCAGUUGAGUUUCUGCGUGGAGGCGCGGGCCACCUUCUGUAACCUGGAGCCGGUGCUGGUGCAGCUCAUCCACACCGUGAACCAGCUGGCGAUGGAGACCUGCAGGGUGAUGAGAGGGAGUCACUCCCGCAAAACGGCGUCCUUCGUCAGGGCGUGCGCUGCCUACAGUUUCAUCACCAUCCCGUCCCUCAGCAGCAUUCUCAGCCGUCUCAGCCUUUAUUUGCUCUCGGGUCAGGUUGCGUUGGCCAAUCAGUGUCUCUCGCAAGCGGAUGCUUUCCUAAACACAGCCGUCAGUCUUCUCCCGGAGGUUCCUCGCUCCAUCAGCGUGGAGGGCAAACUUCGCUCCUCUGAGAGCUUCCUGCUGGACUUCAUCAACAACUUCCUGGCUACGCUCCUGGUUGUCCCGGACCAUCCAGAGCAUGGCGUGCUCUACCUAGUCCGCGAUUUGCUCAACAAGGUCCAGAAUUACACUUGGGAGGACAACAGCGACGCCAAGGUGCGGGUCUUCAUCAGCGCUCUGCCCCUGCUGGCUGCCAUGAGCCAAGAAACCUUCCACUACUCCAUCCCUAAAGUGGACUCCAACGAGACACUUUAUGGAGGAGACCCCAAGUUUCUAUCGGAGAUCAACAAGCUGUGUGAGACUCUGAUCGGGCAGAUCCUGGACAAUCUGAAGGCCCUCUCUCGGGAUGAGCAGAGUACGAGGCGCCAAGGUGCCUUGGCCUUUUCCCUGUUGGGGGUCUUGCUGGCUCAUGGCGACCUGAGGAACCAGAAGCUGAGCCAGCUGGUCGUCAACCUGUGGAACCUCAGCCACAAACACGGAUGCUGUGACACUCGAGUCUCUGUCCGAACCCUCGAGUACAUCAAACACCAGGCUCAGCAGGCUGACAUGGCCCACCUGUCCGAUACGGUCCAGAGGCUGGCCCUUCAGUCCCGCACCUGAACAUGAACCUCACCAACCUGUGUGGAAUAGAGACAAAUCAUAAAUGACCAGAAGCACAAAGGAGAACGAAUCAUUCCUGAAUGCAUUUUGGGUGGGGAUACUUUGUGCAAAUGAUUUGAACCAAUAUAAAAACAUAAAACUAACAAUAGUUAUCAGCUGAAGUUACGGGAAAUGGUAAUUGUGCAACAAUUCCUUGUUUACGCCAGUUUCAAGCCUAAAAAUACUAACACCUUGCACACUGUUAUCAGACAAUAUAAAUGUACACAAUAAAAUGAUUAAAUUAUUAUAAA